GAACUGGGUGGGUUUACAGAGUGAAAUGAUCUUUUCUGCACUUAAAAUAAAGAGACGUGAAAGAAAUAGAAGUUCCAAAACGGAGCCUGCAGAAUGCCCAGGGGCCUGGGGGCCGACAGACAUCCAUUUUGGUGGUGAUCGACGACUCUGCGGCCUCACCACUCAAAGCGCGCGCCCAAGUAGUCAAGGUGGAGCCCAUUGCCCAAGCAAGAGAGGGAAGGUGGGGAGCAAGGCACGAGCAGCCAUGAAUAUCCCCGUCGAAGCGGCGAGACUGCCCUCGUGCUCUGCGCCUGCGAGAAGACCUUCUUCACAUGUCUCUCGGCCUCAUUUUUUCAACCCGCCUUUAUUGCCAAAAUGACUUUACGAUAACAGAAAUUGAAAAAGGGAAACAAAAAAGGAAAACAUCUCUACUCCUUCUCCCCUUUAAAUGUCCCAAUUUCCCAUUGCUUCCGCCCCCUCCCCUCGCACAUUCUGGAGUCUGAAACGCCCUCUUCCUCAUCAUCCAGAUUCACCAGCCAUGACAAGGGUUGCUGGGCUCGUCUUCUUGUUACUUCUCCUCUUCUGCAUUUUGGGAUCCGAGGUUGUGGCUGCGAUGAGAGAAGGGGAUGUAAUGAAUGUGCAGCAUUCUCAGAAGGGGGGAUAUGGUCCUGGAAGCUUGAGGAGUUCCCAGUUAUGUGCAGAGUGCCCUCAUGAGUGCACGAGGAGAUGCUCCAAGACACAGUAUCACAAGGCCUGCAUGUUCUUCUGCCAAAAGUGCUGCAGCAAGUGUCUGUGCGUCCCACCUGGCUACUAUGGCAACAAGCAGACCUGUGCUUGCUAUAACAACUGGAAGACCAAGAGGGGUGGCCCCAAAUGCCCUUGAACAGAUCACAGUCGGACUCAUCUCCCUAUUCUCCUACUACAUCUCCUCUUGUUGCGUGUCUUAUCUCUAAUCAGUCACUUCGUAGGUGUUAUCUAUCUAUCAUAUACAUCCUAGGCGAUCAUCCUUUUGCGCUCGUGUUUUAGCCGUAGUGUUAAGUUUGGUUCAUCCUACCGGUGUGGGGGACUGGGGAGCCAGGGGAGUGCAACCCGACGGUUUCGGGAUUUUAGGCGGAUGGCUUGUAAAUCGACGGUUGCUAUUCCUCUUCCGUUUCCUUGUGUGUCUGAAGUGGAUUCCAUUCUCGUGAUCUUAUUGUUUCCUUAGAAGUUGAUCUGUUAUGGUUGAAUGCGUAUAUAGCACGACCGAGCAUGUGCAGUGAUGGCGUAAGUUGUGCGUUUGUUUUGAUCAAAGCCGUAGGCUUUGGGAAGGUAGAGUUGUUGAACUGUUGCCCGUUCUUGUGGGGGGAAGAAGCAUGUGGCUAAGUGUUCUCCUGUUGAACUAGAGAAAGAUUUUACUCGCUCCGA